UUAAAUUAUUAUUAAAAAAAAUUUUAUAUAGGUACUAUUUGUCAAGCUUAGGGGUAGCCAGCUUUGACUGCAAUGGCGAGGAUGGCGGUGACGGUGACCGCAGCGAUCCUGGCGGUGAUCUUAUCCGCUGUUUCAUCUCCGAUGACGGUGGUGGCGGACAACAGCACGCCGCCGCCCUACGUUAAUCACACUGUCGGCGGAGCCGCCGGCUGGAUCUUCAAUGUCUCUUCUAAUAUCUCGGCGGUCAAUUUCUCGGAUUGGGCUAAAUCGCAAUCCUUCUUUCUCGGCGAUUAUCUCAUCUUCAAGACCGGCACGGCAUUGCCCGUGAUUCAAACGUACAACGUCACCACCUACGCACGAUGCAACGCCGACGACGACAACGGCAAUGAGACUUACGUGUACGAUGGGAGCGCGUCAGAUGCCUCGCCGGCGGUGAUCCCAGUUCCACUCACCGUUGAGGGUGAUAACUAUUACUUCUCCGGUGCAGGGGAUGAUAGGUUCCAGUGCUCCCAUGGCAUGCGUUUCCAUAUCGUGGUCCAGCACGGACGUGGCCUCCCGCCUUCGCUCAGCCAGCCUCCGCCGCCGCCGUACACUGAGCCACCAUCUCCGCCGGUAACUCCGGCGCCGCCCGGGGCUGGGACGGGGCAAGAGGAGUCGUUUUAUAACGGGGGUGGGAGAAGAGGGGUUGGAGUUUGGGUGAAGUUUUCGGGUUUCUUUUUUGGUGUACUUCUUUUAAUGGUCUAGUAAUUUUUAGAAGCGGUGCUUUUGUUUUUUGUUUUAAAUUUUUAAUAAACCUCAUAUUUAUAUUGAGAUUUUUCGUUUUAAAGUAUUAUUGUCAUUGUCAACAAUUGAAUAACCAAUUAUAUAAUUAAAAAAAUAAA